GUUAUGACAUCAUCCGGCACUGCUGACCAUGACAAGCGUUUGGGGAAGCAUGCAAACCGGUCUGUCAUGGGGACAAUGGGUUGUCAGAAGACUUUCAAGGUGGAGAAACUCCUGAAACAGUCUCAGUGGGAAGUAGCGUGGAGCCAGAGGCAAAGGUUAGUUACGACGAAGAGGAACAGCCUGAUGAGAGGCACAGAUAAGCUGAGAAAUGAAGUUUUGCCCCUCCAGCUCCCAGGUGUGCAGCGUUUGGACAGCUUUCAUCUUCUAGAGGACAACAGCGGAGCUCUGAGACUCAACCCGGAGACCCUGAGCCACCAAAGGCAAAAGCAGAAGUUACUGGAGACUGAGAUCAGCACCAGAAGGAAGGAGUGUGAAGCACUUGAGGCGGAGGUGAAGAAAAAGAAUCAAACAUGUCAGACUUUGGAGAAUGAGCUUCAAGAUUUCCUCCAGGAGAACAAACACUUGAACCUCCAGUUGUUUAACAAUAGCCACAAGGCAUCUGAGUAUGAGAAGGUGAAGUCUGAGUAUGCCCAGCUCAAAGAGACCCUUGGUGCUGUGACGCAGGAGAGAGAUUUAGCCCUGUGGGAGAGGAACCAGCUCCAAGGCAAACUGGAGAACCUAGAGCAGGUGCUCAAGCAUAUGCGCGAGGCUGCGGAGCGGAGGCAGCAACUAGAGUUGGAGCAUGAGCAGGCCUUGGCUGUACUCAAUGCAAAGCAGCAGGAGAUUGAAGUUCUUCAGAAGGCUCAGGUUGAGGCAAAAAAGGAACAUGAAGGCGCUGUCCAUCUGUUAGAGAACCACUUGGACAGCAUGCAGGCCAAAGUCCGCGAGCUGGAGGAAAAAUGCCGGUCUCAGAGUGAGCAGUUCAACCUCCUGUCAAAAGAGCUGGAGAAGUUCCGGCUCCAGGCUGGGAAGUUUGAUAUCCUCAGCACUGAACCCUUAACUUUAUGUGAAUCUCCUGGGUCGCCCAACAAAUCCCUCUCACAGCUCCUCAAUGGACUGGCUGCCCCCAUAGGAAAAGGCAAUGAGGCUCCAACAAGCAGAUCUUUGAUAUCUGAGUUCAUUCGACCCCUCCAGAUCAGUGGAGACAAGCCCGAGCUCCUCUCUGUCAAGCCAACAUUCCUCACUCGCGGUCGAGUCAGCAGCCCAGCGCGGGCUUUCCUCUCUGAGAUGGACAAAGAGCUCAGCUCAACUACCAGGUCCAAACCGAGGUUCACGGGGAAAGUUCGUCUGUGUAUUGCUCGGUACAGUUACAAUCCUUAUGAUGGGCCUAAUGAGCAUCCUGAGGCAGAGCUCCCCCUGGUGGCAGGGAAGUACCUCUACGUUUAUGGGACAAUGGAUGAGGAUGGCUUUUACGAAGGAGAGCUGCUGGAUGGACAGCGGGGACUCGUCCCAUCCAAUUUUGUGGAUUUUGUCCAAGAUGAGGAGACACCCUCUGUCCAGCACAGGGACACAGUGGCUAAAGAACCUGGCUACCUCAACCACAGUAGCCUGGGGCCUCAGAGACUGAAAGUGGGCACAGGAAUGGGAACAGGCAUAAGCAGCCUGCUGUCUGACGGUAAACUAGACUGUCUAAGCACCAGCAGCUUGGGCAUGGACCUCCUGGGCUCCUCCAGCAACGGGACAGGAACCUUGGAUGUCAGCAUUGACGAGGUCGGUGAAGACAUUGUGCCUUAUCCCCGCCGCAUCAACCUGAUUAAACAACUGGCCAAGAGCGUGAUUAUUGGCUGGGAUCCUCCUGUGGUCCCACCGGGCUGGGGCUCCAUCAGUGGCUACAAUGUCUUGGUGGAUAAGGAGUUACGCAUGAGUGUCCCCUACGGGGGCAGGACAAAGUCCCUUCUUGAAAAGCUCAAUCUGGCCACCAACACCUACCGAAUCUCAGUGCAGAGCAUCACUGACCGGGGCCCGUCAGACGAGCUCCGGUGCACUCUGCUCGUGGGAAAGGAUGUGGUGGUGGCACCUUACUACCUGCGGGUGGACAGCAUCACGCAGGUCUCUGCUGAGCUCUCUUGGAUGCCCAGCAACAGCAACUACAGUCACACCAUCUUCCUCAAUGGUGCAGAGUACGACAUGGUCAAGGCAGGGGGCUACAAGUACAAGUUCUUUAACCUGAAGCCCAUGACAGUUUACAAGGUGAAGGUUGUGGCGCAGCCGCAUCAGGUGCCUUGGCAGCUUCCGAUGGAUCAGAGAGAGAAGAGGGAAAUCUCUGUGGAGUUCUGCACUCAGCCUGCAGGGCCCCCUCUCCCUCCCCAGGAGGUGCAGGUCCAGUGUGGUCAGACGCCGGGGGUCCUGCAGGUCAGAUGGAAGCCGCCGCCUCUGUCGUCUUCAGGAACCUCCAACGGUGCCAGUGUGAUUGGCUACGCCGUGUGCACAAAGGGACAAAAGAUAGCAGAGGUCUUAUACCCCACAGCAGACUAUGUGACCGUGGAGUUAAACAGGAUUCAGUGUCUGGAGGCCAGGGAAGUCAUUGUAAGGACGUUAUCAACACAAGGAGAGUCCCAGGACUCGCCUGUGGCCAUCAUCCCGCACAAUCUGUUGGGCUCUCCACGCCUCUCCCACAGAACCACUGCGCCUCCCCACCCUAUGUCCCACCCGCAGCCCCACCCGGUACACUCACAAACCCAUCCUCCUUACCCGUCGACGUACCCCCCAAAUCAUCCACAGCCCCAGGUGCAGCCUCUGCCUAGAGCCCAGCCCCACACGCUGCCCCACGCACAGCCGCAUUCGCAGCCCAUCUGCCAACCCCCUCCUCAUUUCCAGCGCCACCCCAUGCCCAAGUCCAAACCGUUAGCAAGUGCCAGAGAGCCAGAAACCAAAGAGCAUGAGGUGGGACUACGGACAGCCCAGCCGUGGGAGCGAUCCCCCUCUCCGCUGCCUCCCAUGCGUGGACCCAACCUGGAGCCGCCGCACUUUCAGCCACGGCGAUCGCCCUCUCCUCAGAGGAUACUGCCACAGCCUCAGGGAGUCCCCAUCCCCAACACCAUCGCCAAGGCCAUGGCCAGGGAAGCUGCCCAGAGAGUGUUUGCCGAGGGCAACCGGGUUGAGAAAAGGAAUAUCUUUAGUGAGCGAGGCAACGCCUUGCAUCCACUCAACUCUGAUGAGGAGGAGGACGGCUACGACUCUCCUCAUGCGAGGAGAAGAGGAGCCUCGGUGGAUGAAUUCCUCAGGGGCUCAGAGUUGGGCAGACAGCACCAUCACCACCACUACAGCCACAGCGAGGAGUACCACACAGAGAGUAGCCGGGGCUCUGACCUGUCCGACAUAAUGGAGGAGGACGAGGAAGAUCUUUACUCUGAGAUGCAACUGGAGGAGGGCCGCAGACGCAGCAUCAACUCUCACAACACUCUUAAGGCAUAUUACAGGCGUCAGGACUUAGCCGAGGAAAGAGACUGCUGGGACCUCCAGAGGGAGGUGGUGAAGCAGAAGUCGCUCCGCAGCAAGCGUCUCCACAGCAUCCCCGAGGUGGAGGAAGAGUCGGACUGUGUGGACAGCAUGGGCCAGCGCCUGUGCUUUGAAGACGGCGGGCGGCCGGGGACGCCACACACUCAGCGACGGGCGUACUCCCAGGAUGGCCACAUCCACAACCAUCUCACCCCCAGCAAGAACUCACGCCACCUGCAGCGCCAGCGCUCCUCCCCUCGCUUCACCGACAGCCGCUACUGCUACAGCGCAGACGACCGCAGCUUGGUACGACCCAACCGCCAGAACACCAAGAGUCCUGACAGUGGGUUAGACUGCGGCAGUGAGGAAGAAGGCUCUCUAGGCCGGGGUUAUCGAGGGUACUAUGCUCACGGGAGCCCCAUGCGGGGACCCAUUCACAUCAUUCACUGUGAAGGCCCGGUAGAAAGGCGUGCACUGGCCAUGGGCCGUAAAAGAACUCUGACCCGGCAGUGCAGCGUAGAGGAGGAGUACUCUGACAUCCCAGUGACUGCAGCCAAGUCAGUACACACAGGUGACUUUAGGAACAGGGAGCACUUUGGGCCUGGUCGGGAUGGUGGGCCGCGAAACUACUCCAGGGAAGGGGCCCUGAGCGAGGGCAGGCUGAACGAGCUGGACAGGGUCUAUUACAGCCCCCACAGGGAGGCUAGGGCCCAGUCUUUGUCCAGGCUCAACCGGGACCAGCCGCUGAUCAUUGGGAACUCACCAUCACACGGAAGCGCAGAUCGUCUGGACCACUCAGGGAGGAGGCCGGUUCACAUCGGCAACCCCCCUCAGCAACGGCCCAUCCCAUCCAUUGAGAUCACCAUGGACAGUAACAGUGAGGGGAGUGAGGGGAACCUCUCACCCGUCAAGGAGGAUGUUUACUAUGGCAGUGUAGCUCGGCGCAGGAUAUGGCGAUCUAUGUCCUCAGAGGAUCAAUAUGACGGCUAUGGCGGGCGAAGGCACGGGCGGGGACGGCGCUCCGCGGAAUACUAUGAGGAGUCAGAGCCGGAGGAGAUGACCCGUGUGUUUGUGGCUCUGUUUGACUAUGACCCCAUGUCCAUGUCUCCCAACCCCGAUGCUGCUGAUGAGGAGCUGCCAUUCAAGGAGGGCCAGAUCAUCAAGGUCUUUGGGAACAAAGACACAGAUGGCUUCUACAGGGCGGAGGUCCGAGACCGAGUGGGUCUGAUCCCCUGCAACAUGGUCUCCGAGAUCCAAACAGAGGAUGACGACAUGAUGGAUCAGCUCCUAAAACAGGGCUUCCUGCCACUCAACACUCCUGUGGAGAAGUUAGUGAACUGUGACCGUUUCAAAGAUGGCCGCUCAAUAAAUCGCAGGUCCAGAAAGUCCAAGAGAGAGAGGAACAGACGGAGUGGCCGUCAACAUCCAAUGUCGACACGGAGAAUGGUGGCUCUGUAAGACUACGAUCCCCGAGAAAGCUCUCCAAACGUUGAUGUAGAGGCUGAACUGACUUUCUGUGCCGGUGAUGUCAUCACAGUUUUUGGUGAAAUAGAUGAAGAUGGCUUUUACUAUGGCGAGCUCAACGGACACAAGGGACUUGUUCCUUCCAACUUUCUAGAAGAAGUGCCUGAUGAUGUAGAGGUUUUUCUAACUGACUCACCAUCUCGAUACCCCCAGGACACUCCUGCACGGAUAAAGACCAAAAGGGUACAUGCUCCUUCGCAGUACUAGCCCUCUGUCAUCCAUUUACUCUUUUCAGUUCCCUCUAUCUCCUUUAGUACCGUGUCUGUGCGUGCGUGUGUCUCAUUGAAGUACAAUGGGAUUUCUGACUUUGGAGCAUUACACUGUAAAUAAAUAGAUGUCUAAGAUCUAUGAAGAAAAAAAAAUAAAACUUUAAGACUAAUACUUGACAGAGGUACUUUUAUUUUUCAUGUUUACUGCUGUGAAAGGGGGGAAGUUCUGCAUUGUAUAAUACAUGGAUCUAUUGUAUUCAUAAAGCAUUCUCAAUGAGAGUAAAACGGAGGGGGGAACGCUCCUGUGACUUUUUACUUGUUCUGUCAUGUCUUGAAAAACAGCAACACUUUUUGCACAUGCAUAUUUAGCAUUCUAACAGAUGCUUUAUGAAUAUAUUCUGUGUUUGAUCUCAAAUAAUUUCUAAUAGAGUAAAUAGUUUUGUUGUACUGAAAGAUGAACUAUGUAGUCUGUAGCGCAGCAUGUUCUAUAGUCCAGAUGCAUGAAUUCUUGAACAUUUUAUAUAAAGAUAAGUCUAGUGUAGUACAACUUUUGUAUCUGCUCCUGAACGCCUUGUUUUGUAUAUUGCUUUCUUGUAAAGUAGCACGCAAAGGUCACUUAGCCUAUGUUCCCAUUCAGAAGUAAUUAUUUAUUAAAUGUAAAUAUGUGAUGUUAUUUUUGCGUUAAACAAAUAAUGCAAUUGUUAAAAUAUUAAUAGGUGUCAUCAGAUAUUUCUUUCCUUGUGUUCUAAUUUGCCAUUGUCAUAGUGCAAACUAUUGAAAUGCCAUCACCAUAUUUUUUUUAUUUCUUUUCCUCACCCGCUUGGCAAAACAGAAGAAGAGUGUUCAUUUCACACCUUAAAGGCUCUGUUUCCGUCACGUAAGUGAGCAACUGAGGAUACCAAGAUUACGUCCCCUCGUCUAAUGCAGAUGACAUGGGUACCCUUAGUUUCUGGUUCCACUGGACAAAUCGGGUCCGCCCAGAAGAACAGGCUCUCCCACAGUGCGUCCACACAUCCCUGGCUCUGGCCCUGCCACCGUGGGGCCCGGCAGUCCCAUCAGGGCCCCACUGGACAUGUACUCCUCCAAAAAGAAAAAGGGACUGCUCUCCAAAGGGAAGACACUAUUGCAAAGACUUGGCGCUGUAAAAUAAUUCCUCAACAUACUUGGAGAGUGUCAUCCACGUCCUCAUAGUGUUAAAAGAAAAAAAAAAAAACUUAACAGUGGACAGGUGGCAUUUGUGAGCUUAGCAAAUGCUUUAUUCUUGUACAUCUGUUGUAUACUACAAUAUUUGUAUUUUGUUAACAGUAUCAGCUACAUCAUUUCAGUAACACAUUUCAUAUUAUGAUCCCGAGACCUCACGGUGUAGUAUUGAGUAUCUUACCUCCAAGUCUCUGAUGUUUUGCUGUAGACAGAGACCGGGCCUGAGGCAUUCUCCAUUUUGAACCUGGUCAAGUCUGACGGCACUUAACACACCACAUUGUGAGCCUGACCAGUGUCUCUGUGCGCAGAAUGUCACUCAAACACAGAGGGCUCAGUUAAAGCUCCGAAGAAAAAGAUGGACUUGCAGGGCCUCGACUUGAGCUUGUUCAAAACAGCCAGUCGCAUAAAUUGUACGAGAGGUUUGCAUGCUUUACUUCAGCACAUUCCCUCCUGACCCCUCGAGAGUGCAUGCAAUGUGACGGGCUCAGUGUGGAACCUGGAGCGUGCAGUACUUUAAUACGCCACAGCUGACUUGCUGUGUAGUAUACUGUGACAAAUCAGAAUUAACUCUCCUGCCCUAUCUCAACAACUCGUGAUAAGAGUCCCCCCCACAAACAAGUCAGACACCUAAUAAAACAAGCACAUACUGUACCUACUACAGGGUCUCUGCAUUGAAAUCAGCCUGAGUAGAUCAAACCUCCAUGUAUUUGCCUUACAAUCACACAAUGGUUAGUACUUUGCCCAGUAGAGUGCAGUCCCAUGCCUACUUUUCAUUUAUGUUGGUACUUCAUAAAAUCUGUUUGCAGAUGUUAAUCCUGACUUGUGCUGUGCAGGGUAUUGUGUGACUGUCGUGAUUUCCAUAGGACCAGAGCUUACACAUAACCGUCUGAGACUCCUGUGUUGACAUUGUCCAUCAUCUAUAGAUAAGCCCGAAAAAGAAAGUCUUUUUAAUCUGAAAAAACACAUGAAAAAAAGUCCAAUAUUCUCUGUAUACAAACUCCUGAGGCUGAGUGAAUGAAGGGACUUUUUUGAGUUUACUGUUUUUGAUGCCACACUGAUGCACAUCUGACUUAAAAUGACUACUCUACAAAAGGAAACCGUGACAUAAACAGAUUAAAGAACAAAUCUGUGAUAUAGCAUCAGCAAAUGAAGUCCUGGUAUUGUACUGCAUUUGAUUCAUAACAUGCAACACUUUUGGGCUUCACUCGAAGACUAAAGGUUUGACUGUUUUCACAGUAGUUAACAGUGAGACACAAGGCUACCUCUACGCUGCCCCUCAACCCUUCUAACCCAAAAUCUAAUAGAUCUGAAAUAUGUUUAUUCAAGCCAAUCUGUCAUUGAUGCCUGUUCAGUGUCCCCCGAGUUAGGUUGGUGCAGGAUACAAGUACUGUAUAUCUAUAUAUAUCUAUAUAUCUAUAUCUACACCUUAAUGUAGAGUAGUGAAUGUAUGAUGAAUUGAAAGCCAAUGUAUUUUCAAAGCUGCCCAAAAGGAUUGUGCAGAUGUCCGUCUUUGUGCGUGAAAUGAAACAGUUCACCUUUAUUUCCUUACACAUUGUUUUCCAUUUCAUCCUCAUGUAUUUAAAGGAAAAAAAAUCUAGCCUAUUUUUUCUACACAAAAGAGUUGAACUGAAACUGCCAAAAAAGAAUGUAUGCAAAACAUUCUGUAAUACUUUCUGUACAAUUCUCGGCCGAACAGCCAUGUUGACCUACGGUAAACUGAUGUACACCUUUUCCUAUUUAUGGACCAUGUCUUCAGACAUUGCUUCUAUUCAUUUUGAGUGACUGUUGCUCUUUUUGUACUUUGUCCAUUUGUAAAAUUGUUUUUAAAUGUUUAUACUUGAUUUUCAAACUGCCUUUUUUGUACAUUUAACUUUAUAAUCAAACAGUGCAAGCUUUCCCCAUGGUGUCUUGAAGACCAUAUUGUUUUAAAGUCUGCAAUUGUGUGCUAGCUUUAUGAUAAGAAUUAUCAGCCUAUAUUGAUGGUUACAAAUUAUUGUGUGGGUGUGCAUGUGCAAUCUUUUCUAAAGAAAAGAAAACUAAACAAAAAAACAUCUAAAUAAAUUUGAUAUUUUGUAA